AUGCGGAAGAAAAAAAAAAAUAUCGCUGAGCAAGGAUUCUGCAUUUUCAACUCCGGGGUUACACGUGACUUCCGAGCGUUCUCCAUUGAUUGCAUAGAAUACACUCCACGGUUUCAAGAUUGGUCAACGAUGUCCUUGAAGUAUAUCGAUAAUGCGAGAAAAAUAUUGUGCAUUGGCAGAAACUAUGCGGCACACAUAAAGGAGCUCAACAAUAUGGCUCCUUCGCAGCCUUUCUUUUUUUUAAAGCCUUCGUCGUCGGUUUUGCGCCCCAACAAUGGCCCCUUUCUAGUCCCCAAAGGUGUUGUGGCCCAUUAUGAAGUGGAGUUGGCUUUCACAUUGAACAAAACACUAAAGAAUUUGCCACCAACUUUCUCUGCGCAAGAAGCUUUGGAUGCAAUUGAAGGUUAUGCUUUGGCCAUCGACUUUACCGCUAGAAAUGUUCAGGACGAAGCAAAGAAAAAGGGUUUACCAUGGUCCAUAGGCAAAGGAUUUGACACAUUCUUGCCAUUGUCAGGAUUCAUACCCAAAGAAAAAAUCCCCGACCCCUACAAUGUCCGUUUAUCCUUGUCUGUGAAUGGUGAAACGAAGCAGGACGAUAUGACAAACUUGAUGAUUUUCCCAAUUCAUCGCAUUUUGAGCCAUAUGUCGGCAAUUAUGACUUUGGAGAAGGGAGAUUUGAUUUUGACUGGAACACCAAAAGGCGUGGGUCCUGUCAAACCAGGCGAUCACAUAGAGGCGUCUUUGAGCGUAGAUGGUGACGUAUUGGAAAAGAUAGAUAUUACGGCCGAAGAAAAACCGGGCCCAUACGAAUACAAAGAAAUUUAG